GGGGUCUGGACGACCAUGCAAAACUGGGCAUGGGUAUGUGGCCCAGGCUGUCAUCUUGGCCCAUUUUCUUUUCCCUCUGCUUGUAUACCUUCGCUCCUGGUGAAUAUGGGCAGUGGCUUACGAGAGAAAUAACAGGUUCCCCUUGUGAUCCCCUUUGUUGCAUGCCUCGCGGGCGGCAUAUUCUACGACUUCUUCAUAUACACUGGCGAGAGUCUGCUCAAUACCGACGGCUGGCACGUCUCCGGGGUGUGGCACUUGCUCUCCUGCGGCCGAAGCCGGGCGUGGAAGGGACACAGGGAGAAGUAUCAGAAGAAGAAGAAUGAUCAGCCCGACCCAGAGGAGGCUUCUGGCGAUGCUAAGCCCCACAAAGAUCAGGAAGCUAAAGGAGGAGGUGCUGGUGGUGGUGCCUGUCAGUGUUGUGG